AUCGAAUAUUAAACAAUUUUUAGGUCAUUUGAAAUAUUAUCAUUUUGUAAACGGAUAUAUAGGAUUUUUAAACACAGUUCAGUUCAUAAUUUCAUUGACCACCUUUAAAUCAAAGGUCAUGGUCAUGCAAUAUCAGAUAUUUAUUUCAGAGCUGACAGUGUUGUCUAGUCAUUUGCUCGCGGGCACUGCAAAGUUGUCAUUACCGAAAAAUGGAUGCAACAUAUUUUAUUUCGUGCCUGGUGUGCGUGGUGGGUUACAUUCAUUUGUCGUCGUGCGCACCUAUGAAAAUGGCAAUGAAAGACAAGCUAUUGAUGCCGUCGAGACACCGCAUGGAGAUAAACAGCUAAAAUGGCGCAGUGAAAUGGAAGAUAUGUCCAACGAAGGUACGGAAAACAACGCACAAGCUGAUAAUACAUUAGAGAACCAAAAAAUAGACGUGGAACCAGCCGCAGACAGAUUGUUGAGCCCCCGAAAUGUGUCAUUUUUUGUAUAUUUGGACCAAAGAGUUACUAUGAGUAACCACAUUCUGCGGUUCAAUAACGUAGUUUACAAUUACGGAGAUGGAUAUAACGUGCACACUGGGGUCUUUACUGUACCGUUAACUGGUGCCUAUCUCAUAUCCUUUCAUUUAGAGCUAGGACAAUAUUCUUACCCAAUCACAUCCAGUCUUUACGUCAACAGCAAAGUCAUGGCGAGCAGCGUGGUGAAACCGACAUACGGAAUCAACCAAGCCAGCCAAACCGUUAUUCUUAAUCUAAAAACAGGAGAAUCGAUGUACUUGAAAGUAGACAGAGGGAGUAUUUACGGCAGCAGCAGUGCUCGCAACACUAUUUUAACUGGCGUGCGUUUGUCAUAUGCUUGAUUAAUUGUUUACAGGUGGUCGGUCUCAUUGUAGAAUAAUUUUGUAGCUUUCGAAAAUUCUGUUAAAGAUAAACUAUAAACACAAUUCUUUUUUCAACAAAAUGUUAUGCUUUUCAGUUUAUAGAUGUCCCUGAUUAGGCUACUGGAUAUAUUUACCAUCGCAGAUGUAUUGUUUUACUAUUUCAGUUACAGACAUUUAUUUCAUCUUUCUUGUUUGUGCAACCAGAUAGACAAAACAGAGGUAAUCAGAUUGAUGAAACUGUCAUUUAUUUCUUAAUAUUCCGCAUUAUUAUUUUCUAUCUUCCAGUGUAUGAAAACUGCAAUGAAAUGUUUUCAAUAUAUCUGAAUUUCUUUGAUAAAAUACGUUGAUUUUACAAAUACUACAUAUGUAUGAAAACUGUUAUCUUGUCUGGGUAACUAGAUUCAAUAUUUUUAAUACUUACUAUUGAUAUAUGACAUUACUCAAAUUGUCGUGGACUUAAGCUAUAUGUGUAUAGUUUUCAUAACAUAUCCAAAUUCAGAUUUACUACCUUGAAACCUAGAACACUACGUUUCCAAGAAACACUUUAUCUUAUACAACAUUAAUUAUUCAUACUUUGAACAUAUUUGAAAAUACGUAGCUAAGUGUACCCCUAUUUUUAGACAAGUGGUAAUGGCGUACACGUGAUCACAUAACGCUAUGCUUUUCUUACUAAGCAUAUUUGACACAGUGCAGGAAAUUUUGCAACUACGUAAAAAUGUUCAUUUUUAACUAACAGCCGCUGUGACAGUCGAACAUUUAACAAGAACUUUCGUUUUGUAACUCGAAAGUGUUCCGUUAUUUCGUUUAAUUUAAUAAAAAUAAUAAUCCAUCAUGAUAAGAGUUUUGUUGGUGGUGUUCAAUUUUGUCAUCCAAUCGUUUUUUGUUCUUUUGUUUUCAAUUCAAAUCAUAACACGAAACGCACUACAAUUGAACAUCGUUAUCCAGAAGAACAUACACAACCCAUCAAAUCCUUACAAGUGUAAGAAUCAGGACUAAAACCUGUCAAGUCCUUCCAAGUGUAAGAAUUAGGACUAAAACCUGUCAAGUCCUUCCAAGUGUAAGAAUUAGGACUAAAACCCUUCAAGUCCUUCCAAGUGUGAGAAUUAGGACUAAACCCCGUCAAGUCCGUCGAAGUGUCAGAAUUAGGACUUCUUUUCAGACAAAGCCGACAUACAUCCGGCUAUAAUGAAGUAAAUUUGAACAGUUUUAAGUCCUUUUGCAGAUUCGAAAAUAAAGAUAUUACAUAUAUAGUUGCUAAAAUAACUGCAAGGAUUUAUGUUUUGAAUCUAUUUUAGCAAUUGUUCAAAAUCAGUAUUUUUGGGCCUUAUUUGCAAAAUGAUUUGGAAACUGUUCAAUAUCAUUUCCUGCUUUACUGUUUCUAAUAUUAAUAUUAGAUCAUCUAGACCUACACACCGUUUAUUUCGUCUCUAUAACGAAAAUUAAAUAAAGAUCUUUGUUGUU